AUGCUCGGUACACAUGAAGAUGUCGCCAUAGAGACAUGGAAGCGCCGUCUGGCCCAGAGCAAAGCAAGCCGUCGUACCAUAAGCGCCAUACAUCCGGUGUUGGAGGAGUGGGUACGGCGGCAACACGGUCGUCUCUCUUAUAGAGCGACCCAAAUACUAACUGGCUACGGCUGUUUCGGCGACUAUCUAUUUCGGAUAGGACGGGAGCAAAGUGCCAAUUGCUGGCAUUGUCGAGAGGGCAUCGAGGAUUCCGCGCAGCACACACUCGAAGUGUGCCAAGCUUGGGUGGCAGAGCGCGAAAUCCUCGUGGAACAGGUAGGACAAGAUCUCUCCUUACGGGCCAUCCUGCCUCGUAUGCUAGAGAGCCCAGAUGCAUGGCAUGCGGUGCUCCACUUCUGCGAGGAGGUCAUGUCGCAGAAAGAAGCGGCGGAGAGGGAGCGAGAGGCCUCGCCUGACGCUCCACCGAACCGUCGCCGACGUUCAGGACACCGCAGGAGACACUACCAUCUCCAUGCCCCCUCUUAA